UGGGCUUAUCUUUGAGCCCAAUACUUACCAGGCUACAAAAUCCCACUCUUUAGCCAGAAACUCAGAGCCGAAGCAUGCAAGCGCUGGCUCUGCUACGUCAACGUAGGCUCUUUCGAGCAAUACAUCAAACACUUGACACCACAGCCUCAUCUCUCAAGUUUCUUUGUUCCCGAGCAGCUGAUAAUCUUCAAGGACAAACUUCAGAGCCGAAAACAGAUGAACCCAAGUGCUUGUCAUUGAGAAUUGAGAGACUUCCUAAGGGAGAAACAGUUGGGUCAGCAUUUAAAAGCUGGAUGGCUGAUGGGUUUCCUGUUCAUAGAGGGGACAUUUUUCACGCUAUUAAUCGUUUGAGGAAGCUUAAAUUGAAUAAACGUGCUCUUGAGGUGAUGGAAUGGGUGAUUAGAGAGAGACCAUACAGGCCCAAAGAAUUAGACUACUCUUACUUGUUGGAGUUUACAACUAAACUCCAUGGGAUAUCGCAAGGUGAAAAACUAUUUAGUUGUGUCCCUCAGGAGUUUCAGAAUGAGUUGCUCUACAAUAAUCUUGUGAUUGCAUGCUUGGAUAAAGGCAUGAUAAGGCUUUCGCUCGAGUAUAUGAAGAAAAUGAGAGAAUUGAGGAGCCCUAUCUCACACUUGGUUUUCAACCGUCUGAUAAUCCUCCAUUCAUCUCCAGGCCGCAGGAAGACCAUUCCGAAAAUUCUAAAUCAAAUGAAGGCAGAUAAGGUGGUGCGACAUGUCUCCACCUACAAUAUUCUGAUGAAAAUAGAGGCAAAUGAGCACAAUAUUGAAGGGUUGGUAAAGGUUUUCAAUGAUAUGAAGCGAGUAGAAGUUGAGCCAAAUGAGAUAUCUUACUGCAUACUAGCUACUGCACAUGCAGUGGCAAGGUUAUACACUGCAGCUGAAGCUUAUGUUGAGGCUGUGGUGAAGGCUAUGACGGGGAAUAACUGGUCGACACUAGAUGUCCUAAUAAUAUUGUACGGGUACUUAGGGAAGGGGAAGGAACUGGAGAGAACUUGGGGCACCAUCCAUGAGUUUACCCAUGUUAGGUCUAAAAGUUAUAUGCUGGCAAUUGAAGCAUAUAGUAGGAUAGAACAGCUAAGUCAAGCUGAAGAGCUUUGGUUACAAAUGAAGUCAAUAAAAGGGUUGAAAUUAACUGAGCAGUUCAAUUCUAUGAUAUCUGUAUAUUGCAAACAUGGGCUUAUAAGCAAAGCAACAGGGGUUUUCAGAGAAAUGAGGAUGAACGAAUGCAAACCAAAUUCCAUUACCUUUAGACACCUUGCUCUGGGGUGCUUAAAAGCAGGACUGGUGGAGGAAAGCUUGAAGACUCUAGACAUGGGUAUGAAUUUCCCAACAAGCAACAAAGUCAGGUGUUCAACACCAUGGUUGGAGACCACCUUUUGUAUGAUUGAGAUUUUUGCUGAAAAGGGUGACGUGAAGAAUGUUGAGAAGUUGUUUGAAGAGCUUAAAAAAGCCAACUAUACUCGGUAUACCUUUGUGUACAAUACUUUGAUCAAGGCUUAUGUGAAGGCCAAAAUCUAUGAUCCAAAUCUUUUGAAAAGGAUGAUUCUUGGAGGGGCUAGGCCAGAUGCUGAAACCUAUAGCCUACUGAAGCUUGGUGAACAGCUUCAAAGAUGACUGUAAGCCUGUAAUCCGUAUGAUUCGUUGAUUGUAUUUAUUCAUUUCAAAUGAUUCUUCCAAGGAGAAAGAAUGUUCUGUAUAUUAUGUCAAAUUAUUAACUCUCAGGUUCAAGUACUCUCAAUACUAUAGUUGGAUUCAUUCAAUUUUUA